CAGGCUCUGAGGAUGUGUCAGCAGCACCACGACUGAGGCACCUUGCACCUCACACCUCCUCCAGCUUCUGCCAGCAGCUUCUUAUACUUGCAAUGCUAGGAUGGGCUGCCUCUCUAGGCACUCUCCUCCUGCUCCUGGUUCUCUGGUAUUAUAAGAAACGCUCCAGUAGUAGUUUCUCAGCAGUUGUGGGUGAGAAGGUUGAAGAAGACUAUAAACUGAUCUGCAAACCAUCAGCUUUGGCUAACUACCUUGUGAAGCAGUGCAGGAGCUUUGGGAGUUAUGCUCAUGUCAGCUGGCUGUGGAGGACCUUUCCCACCCUGCAGACUUUGGUUGGGGUGCUGGGACCUGUGGAUUAUGGGGUGCACUUUGUUAGAGAGUACCUACAACUGAGUGAUGAGGGGUUGGUGGCUCUGGACUGGGCUGUGAAACCAGGACAACUACAGAGGAGGAGGAGGGCGUCCAGUAACUCCACUGUGCCCAUUCUGCUGGUCAUCCCAAACUCUUUUGGCAAGAUCACUAGAAACACCAGUAAGAUGUGUCACUUGGCCCUCACCCACGGGUACCAGGCUGUGAUCUUUAACCGCCGAUGCCAAAAUGGCUGCCCUCUGAGCACAACCAAGUUACAACCAUAUGGUGAUCCUAAUGACCUGCGAGAAGCCAUUCGAUACAUCCGCCAUUGUCAACCUUCAUCUCGACUGUUUGCAGCAGGUGAAGGCACUGGAGCUGGCCUUCUCCUGUCCUAUCUUGGGGAAUGUGGCUCAUCUAGCUACAUCACAGCGGCUGGCUGCAUCUCUCCUCUCUUUCGCCUUCAAGACUGGUAUGAAACUGGGUGUCCAUGGCUGUGGCAGGCAGCUUUACUCUUGUACCAAAAAAUGUAUUUGAGCAGAUAUGCCACAGCUCUGGGACAGCUUAUAAAUACUGAAAGACUUUUGGGGAGUCAGACUUUAAAGGAACUUGAAGAAGCUUUGUUUUGCCAGACCAAGGUUCCCAAUGCUUUGACCUGGGAUACUUAUUGGGAAAGGAAUGACCCUUUAAGAGACAUUGAUGAAGUGGCUAUUCCAGUCCUUUGUAUUUGUAGCCAGGAUGAUCCCAUCCGUGGGGAGGCCCAAAACACUGUACCCUUUGAGCUUUUUGAGGCAAACCCCCACUUUUUCUUGUUGCUGAGCAAGUAUGGUGGUCACUGUGGCUUCAUCAAGGAUAAUAUGUCGGGUACAAUGUGGAGUCACAGUGCACUGUUGGACUUUUUCAAGUCCUCUGUAGACUUCUUUGCAAUGGAAGAAAGGCUGAAAGGACUCUCCAGGAGAAAAGGAACCAUCUCAAAUGCCAUGAAGAGGUCACUUCAGGAUAGAGUCUCCUGCAGAAAAGAACAAAGUUGUCCUCACAACAUCCAUGAAAUUUAUAACUGGCAGCGGUCUUACACAAGAUGACACAAGAAGUAAAAUUAGGACUUUAAAAUUGAAUUUGUUUUGUAUACUUGUAUUUCCAUCAAAUAUGGACAUUUUAUAGACAGGCCAUUGUUUGGGUGCAUAAUCAUUGGCUUUCAUCUAGGUUUUCAGAUUUUAAGGGAACAGAUCCCUCUUAAAAAUGCUAUAUACAAUUAAAGGUCUGGACACAGGGUGGAAUCAGACAACUUUUUCUGGCAGUUUUUGAUGCAGCUUUUUAAGCCAAAGCCAGAAGUAGAUCUAACAGGAAGGAGAAGUAUGAGGCCUUAUGCACACAGUCAGA